UUCCAUGUCCAAUCUUCAAAGUCAUAUCUUACCAAACUCACAUCUCUAGCUAAUAUAUCCUCUAAAUGUUCUUACGAAUUGUGUUUAUAUAUCUUACACACAAGUAGUGCAUGUGAUAAAGAAAUCGAAAUAUGGGAAGCCAAAGCAUGAGUUCAUCGAGUCCCUUGGUGGUGAAGAGAUCGCAAGUGAUUAUAGUGAAACCCUCAAAGGCAACACCUGAUGUCUCUCUUUCUCUCUCGACACUUGACAACGAUCCUUACCUCGAAACCCUGGCCAAAACCAUCUAUGUCUACCCUCCACCAUCCUCCAAAGACGAUGUCCACGAUCCGGCUUCCCUUUUUCAGCAAGCUCUCUCCCAUGCUCUUGUCUAUUACUACCCUCUCGCCGGAAAACUACACCGGGGAUCCCACGACCAUAGACUUGAGUUGAGGUGCAGUCCGGAGGAAGGAGUCCCCUUUGUUAGGGCGACCGCAGACUGCACUCUCUCUUCCCUCAAUUAUUUGGAGGACAUGGACGUAGACUUAUACCAACUUGUACCUUCUGACGUAGCUGUGCCGUCUGGUGACUAUAACCUCCUGGCUUUCCAGAUCACUCUGUUUGCAUGCGGAGGGAUCACUCUUGCAACGGCUCUCUCUCAUUCCUUGUGUGAUGGUUUUGGGGCGUCUCAGUUUUUCAAAGCCUUAACUGAGCUCGCAGCAGGAAAGACACAACCUAGCAUCAUCCCCGUUUGGGACAGACAGUGCCUCACCUCUAACAACUUUAGCUUAAACGGGCAAGUGGAGGAGGGACAAGCUCCGAAGCUGGUUGACUUCGGGGAGGCUUGCUCUUCUGUGGCAACUUCUCCCUACACACCAAGCAACGACAUGGUAUGUGAGAUACUCAACGUGACAUCCGAAAAUAUUACUCAGCUCAAGGAGAAGGUUGCGGGGGAGGUCACGACUCUAGAGAUUCUUGCCGCUCACGUCUGGAGAGCAAGGUGCAGGGCCUUGAAGCUGAGUCCCGACGGGACAUCUCUAUUUGGAAUGGCCGUGGGUAUACGCCGCAUUUUGGAUCCACCAUUACCGGAAGGCUACUACGGAAACGCAUUCGUCAAGGCCAAUGUAGCCAUGAAGGCUAGCGAGCUGAACAACUCACCGUUGUCCCAUGUGGUGACGCUCAUCAAAGAGGCUAAACGAGCGGCGCUGGAUAAGAGGUACGUUCUGGAGCAGCUUAGAGAGACAGAGAGAACGUUGAAGAUGAAGGUAGCGUGUGAAGGAGGGAACGGAGCGUUCAUGCUGCUCACUGAUUGGAGACAACUUGGAUUGCUAGACGAAGUUGAUUUUGGUUAUGGAGGAUCGUUGAACAUUGUACCAUUGGUUCCCAAAUAUUUGCCGGAUAUUUGUAUUUUCUUGCCGAGGAAGCACGGUGGUGUAAGGGUGCUGGUCACAUUGCCCAAAACUGCAAUGGCCAACUUCAAGGAACACAUGACUAAUACCCUAAGUCUUUAACAUAUGAAAUGAUAAGUGUGUAAUUCACAAUAUUUCUUUAAUUAUGUAAAGGGACAUCAUGCUUGUAUUUACUGUUUCCUGCUUGUCAAGCCUUCCACUGUGAAAAACGUAAUUAAUAUAUUUACUUACCAAUAA